AGCACGUGAAGGCAGCAUAAUACCUCUGGCUGGCUUCACGGUGUCCUCCUCUUGUCGCAUAUUGAUCCAGCUAGCUGAUCGUUAGCUUUUGUGUCAGGAUGUUGUCUGUUGUGUGUAAAUGUGUGUCCGUUGUUUCUGGCUAGAGGUACCCGGCAUUUGGCGGCUUUAAUGUUCCGUGCAGCUAAUUUAAAAACCAUCGGCAAAGCGGGAACCGGCUGGCACUUUCGCCGGACGAUGGACGAGCUGGUCCAUGACCUGGUGUCAGCACUGGAGGAGAGCUCCGAGCAAGCGGCCCGUGGUGGCUUCGGUGACGGCGGAGACCACGCACUGGCCGUCGGCUGCCUGCUGAAGAGGCAGGCUCGGAAGCGGAGAGGCCGAAAGCGACGCUCGGACAACCCGCACCCGCCGUGGGAGACAGGCCACCUCAGCGAGGGCUCCGAGUCCAGUGUGGAGGAACACAAGGACUACCGUGCCAGUACAGGGGGUGUCUCCGCUGCCAACAGCCACGCCCGUGACAACAGUGACUCAGACGAACAGCUUGGCCCUAAACGGCGCUCCCUCCUAACGGCUGACACGGGACGAAGCAAGCGCCCGCUUUGGCCAGACGACUUGGGCGUCCUGGGCUCGGCAGAGGGAACCCGCAGCCUCAGAAGGAGACGGAAGGUGAAACGUAUGGCUGUAGACCCACCCGCAGAACCAGAACCUCCCUCCACCACUAUGCUCGGGCCGCCACCUGUCCCUAAAGCACGUAUUGGUGGCAGGCCACAUAGACCGGGUGCAGGUGAGGGCAGGGGGCCCAUGGAGCUGUGUGGAAUUGGACUGGUUGUGCCGGGGGGAGGGAAGAACAGGGUGAAGAAGAGGAAACUGGCCACCCACAGGCUGGGAAUGGAUGCUGCAGACGAAGGGGUGGUGGUGGAGAGCGAAGACCCAAUCUGUUCUCCAAUGGAAGGGUCCAAAGAUAAGAUGGAGUUAGAGGAGCAGAAGGGCUCGGAUGAGGACAUGAGUGACAGGUGCGAGACGAGCAGUGUCAGUAAUAGCAGUGAUGGAGGCCUGUACACCAAUGACGAGGGCCGACAAGGUGAUGACGAGCAGAGUGACUGGUUCUACGACGGCGAGCAGGGCUCCGGUUCAGCGCCCGGGGGCGCAUGUGGGAUAGCAGGAGUGGUUCCGUGGUGGGAGAGGGAGACGGGGUCAGAGGAGUUGGACCUGGCUGACCCAGUCUUCAACAGCAUUCUCACUGGGUCCUUCCCCCUCAUGAGCCCUGGAGCUCAGAGAGGGUUCCAGGCCAGGCUGAGUCGUCUCCAUGGAAACCAGCAGGCGUCGGAGGCGGGGCUGCAAGGCAGCUCCAGUCAAGGCUUUAACGACAGACUGGGCAGACAAAGCCAGGACUCCCAUGAGCCUUGGUUCAGCUCGGGCUCCAGGAGGGAGCACGGACAGUUGCAUUGGGACCCACGGUCAGACAGAGGGCACCGGAGGAGCUGCUCAGUAAAAACAGCCAGCAGACAGACCAGCGGGCACCUCGGCUCUCUAUGUACAGGGGAUGUCAAGCGGAGGCGAAAAGCAGCCCCCCUCGGUUCCACCGCCCCCUCAGGAGUGGUUGGUGAGAAUGCACCUCCCAUCCCUGACAGCAACAUGGGGAGCCGCAUGUUGCAGACCAUGGGCUGGAGCCCGGGCAUGGGCCUGGGUCCAGAGGGCAGGGGCAUCACAGAGCCCAUCCGGGCCACGCAGAGACCCAAAGGCACUGGUCUAGGAUUCAACUGAACUCCUGGUUUCUGGAUUCUGAACCUGGAGUACGCCGGGACAAGACAGGGCCCCAAGAGCUACAAGGAGUGAGGAGGAUGAAAUGCUGCUCAGUGCGAUGAACAAUUAAAAAAGAAGUUCCAGGAUAAUCCAGAAAUGUGAGUCAUGAGAAGGGGGAGGGAAUGAAUCUCAUCCUAGCAACAAGAGUCUGUGAUGAUACAGAAACUUUCCCAUAUUGGGGAAACUUGAAGAAGCUUGGGGAUAUCCACACAGACUGUUCCCACAAAUGGAGAGACUGACUGAAACUGAGCUGGAGAAAAGACAUCUAGCAGAAACUCCAUGUUGGAGAAAAAUAUAUGACUUCGAUGCCUCGUUGUUAGUGUUUUAAGCUGGCAUGCUGCCUCAGCCCUGUUACCUCAGAAAUCAUCUUUGCAGGAGAGAAAAGGGGGUAAAUUUGACCACACGAGUGCGCAAAUAAUGUGCUAAUAAUGUUUUUUUUUCCUCCCUCAGUCAGCGGUUUUAGUUUGUCAGAAAAAUGGUUUUGUCUGAUAUUGCACAAGAAUUUUAGAAUCAGAGACUAUUAGUAGGCCAUACCUCAGUUCCUUUUUUUUUUUUUUUUUUGGAUGUCAUCAAUGUAACGUACACUGUAUGGAUGUGUGUUGAAAUAUAUGGAUGCAUUUCCCAUCCAUUUUGUUGUUCACUUAAUGCAAGAAGUCCUGUCACCACAACGGUUUUUUAUCUAUUCAAAAAGAUGAAAAUCAAAACUAGUUUUCACCUUCGUUUAGCACCACUCUGUAUGCACGUGCAGCUGAUGUUUCCGAAGAAAACACAGGUGUGUGUAUAGUGAGGUAAAGUCUUGCCAAUGGCAUGCUCGACUGUCCUGUUUUACUCUGUUUGUUUAGGUAUUUUAAUUUAGAAAAAUGUUAAGCAUGCCGAAGCAAUACUCAAAGGACGGUAUAUAAGAAAAAGGCUGUAUGACUGUGACAAACAUUUCAAUGUUUCCAUACAGGGUUGGAAAUUCCUGUGAAAUACAGGACAUUUAUAGAUUUAGCAUCUAUCUGUGAGUUAAAAUGAAGGAUUAGUGCUGUCAUGAUGCACAUAUUCAGGCCCUUUGUACCACAUUCACAGGUGUUUUCACUUAAUUAGCCUGAUUAUAGCUUUUCUCAGGACUCUUUAAGUUCUAAUCAGGCAGAAGUGAAAACACCUGUGUGACUGUGCGGCGCCUUUCACCACAGUACCACAAUUAUCAAGAAAAAAAAAACAAUAGAAGAAGUUUAAUUCUGUUUUUAAAAAAUUAUGUUUUAGACCCACUGUCUUUAAUUGUGGUAUUGUUUCAUGUAUUUAUUUAGGGCUAAAUAUAGCUAACCUGCAACUAUAGAUUGUCCUGAAUACAGAUGUGAAAUCAUUUUUAAGUGCAGGUAGAGAAGAGAUUAAGGUCUAGGAAAAAAAUGUUUUAAUUAUAAAUUGAAAAAGGAAGUUGUGCUGUAACGAUAUUUGUUUCCUCUUCUCCAUAUGUUGUAACCAUUGCGCUCCAGAUGGACGGUCUUUUACCCCACCAUGCCUGUUCAGAGAAGAUGAGAUGUGAGUGACAAACAAAUAUUAAACUCAGAGACUGCCGAAA